UUGGGAGUUUUGGAGACUUGGAGGAGCAGCAGCGGGGAGACGUUCGAGGUUGGACGCGAAGACGAUCCUCAUCUCAGCACCGACGAAAUAAUUCGUGAUCGGAGAUUCAUUCGCUUCGAUCAAUAUCCGUUUCUCGCCGGUCCCAACGCAGGAAUGGAUGACAUAGAUAUUGAUAUGUUGAUGGAAAUACCUGAUACCCCUGACAGAGCAUCUGGAAGGCAGAUCAAUAGGGUGCAAUUAGGUAGAGCAAGUGGUUCCUCAAGUGUUAGAAAUCCUGAUUUGAUGAAUAUAGAGCGAUUUAAUCAGCUGGACAUCAGGAGUCGGGUAGCACAUGAAAAUGUACAUCAGGGAAGAACACACUUGCACCCACCAAGGAGGCCUAUAAUUAUUGACGAUUUAGAGCAAUCCGGCAAGCAUACUACAUCUCGUACAAAUAAUUCUCAUCCUUUUGAGGAUGCUUCUUUGUUCAGAAGAGCAGCAAGAGUUGACAAUUCCAGGCCUGAAACUAGGCAACCUAGUGGAGCAACACGUAUGGACAAAGGGAAGGACCUUUGUGGUAAGGUUCCUUCUAAGCCGCCUGUUUCCAGAGAAAAAAGAACAACCAUGAGAUCGGUUGACCAGAGUGAGCAUGAGUAUGACCACAUAUUUGACAUGGCUUCUCCUCGAGGGACAUCAAGGAGUCUUCCUUCUCAAGGGAGAUGUAAAGGUCAAAUAUCAAUUGCUGGUGCCCCAUCGCGGUCUCCUGUCUCUUCAAGGACAAUUCACAAUGCUUCUAAAGGCAAGGAGAAAAUAGAUGUUGGAACAUUCAAUGGUUCUUGUGCUGCUUUAAAUCGUGGUAAAGCAAUUGAUCUUUCCAGCUGUUCUCAGCAUGAAGUGAGCACAAAUUUGUCAACUUCUCAUCAAAAUAUUACUCCUCCAAGAGUCACUGGGCGGAAAAGACUAGUGCGCAAUGGGUGCAUUUCUCCACAUAACAUAGCCAAUGAAGCUCAGAGACAAAUCCAAAGAUCUAUUAGUGUUGAAACAAGCCAACCCCAGAAGGUGGCUUCUAGUGGUCCUUCUGAUGUCGAUAUUAAGGACAUAGUUACUGCUGACAAUAAUUUCGUGGAAAUUAUGCGAGUUCACAAUUCUACUCGGAAUGGCCAUGUACGAGCAGCUAGCCCUGCACACAAUGAUUAUUCUAGUUUCUUGGAGAUGAAACGAGUUCCCCAUUCUACUCGAAAUGAACGUCCACCAGUAGCUUGCCAUGCAUCUAUAAGCAGCCAAGCUUCUGGGGAUGGUGUAGCCAACAAAGAUGGUGAAGUGAACAGAGAUGGAUCAUUAGCUGGUUGGAGAAAUACACGCAACAGAGACGCGAUGCAAAGAGCUCCAACCGGUGUAUCUGCAACCGGCCGAAUAAACAUACCACAGGUCAUUGGAUCCAAAAGGCUAAGGAAACACGGAAAUCAUGGUGAAUCAUCCUCGUCAACAUAUGAUGACCCAGAGAUUUUGUGUCUUGGUUCGUCCCAAAGAUCAUCCAGACUUCAGAAUCGUGAACCUGACAGCUCGAUUAGACGUAACGAGAUUUCCCUUGAAACUAGAACACAGAACACUCAGGAAUCUGGUUCAGUGGUUGCUGACGAGUCGCAAGCCAGGACAAGGCAAGUAGAAGCCGAUGAAAUCUUGGCCCGUGAACUUCAGGAACAGUUGUAUUGUGAGAUGCCAGUAUAUGGGACAGGCGAGAUUGACCAGAGUAUAGCAUGGGAUUUGGCACUACAACAGGAGGAAAAUGUAUUUCCGGGUGCUUCUACUCAUAAUCAUCCUGCAUUACGUAUUGGUAGAGGAACACAGCCUCGGCCCCAAGCACAGGCCCCACGCAAUCCUCCAAAUAGAAGAGGAACACAGACUCGAAAUCCGAUUUCUAGGGUGUCACAGUUGAGGAACCGUUUCAACCGUUCUACUACAGCAGCCCCUAGACGGAGGACUCGUAUUCCUGUAGCACUAUUUGGAGAGAGGAACCUUCAAUUUCCUCCGGAUAUGGAUCUAGACAUGAGACUGAAUAUUCUAGAAGCCAUGGAGGCUGCAGUUGGAGACUUAGAUUAUGGAGCUAGCCACCUCCUGAAUCUUCAGCGUGAUUUCAAUGAGAAUGAUUAUGAAAUGUUGUUAGCUCUUGAUGACAACAACAGCCAGCAAGGUGCAUCUGUCCAUCAGAUCAACAGUUUGCCAGAGUAUGUAUUGCAGGUUGCUAACGAGGUUUGUUUUGUUUUCUAUUCAUUUCACAGUCCGACAACUUUGAGGGAGACUGUGCAAUCUGUCUUGAAACUCCCGCAAUUGGUGAAACCAUUCGUCAUCUUCCAUGCUUGCAUAAAUUUCACAAAGAUUGUAUUGAUCCAUGGCUUGGCAGAAACAAAUCAUGCCCAGUCUGCAAAUCUUCCAUCACAUGAUCGCCACGAUGUUGAUCUCAGUGGCGCUGUCUUCAGUCUGACUCAUGCUGGCGAAUACCUUUUUUCUGGGAAGGUAACUAUGGAAAAUAUGUGCUCCCCUCCCCAGCCUUGUGAAACAGACUUGUUUUGAGGAGACACCACUUUUCUCUUUCAACUUUGAGUUCAAUCGUUACAUGAACUGAGACAACGUAAAACAGCCUUAGCGAUCCAUGCUUCUUCAUUACUCAAAUCAUACGAUGGUGGUAUAACUUGUAGGUCGGGGUGGUUUGAGCCGAUGAUGCAGUAUGAGCCGAGGCGGUGGACCAUUUGUGCAAACAUUGGAUUGCCUGUGUAACCGAUGUAAGGUGUCAACACAGAGCCUGGCGUGUUCUGCUGAAAAGAGAUCAUGUCUUUCUUAAUUGAGCAAUCUCUACAAUGUUAUUGUUUUGUUUUAUGGUUGUUGCUUGGAGUGGAAUUCCCUCCACCUUGCUGUCUCAAAUUUCCAGCAGCAGGCAGCUCUGUUGCACCUCCGUUUUACUCUUUUCUAUCGGAAAGGAAAGAAUGGAAAGACAAAAAGGCUUUUGCCCAGUUAAUCAGUUGUACUAUUGAGCUGAUACCUUUAGAUUCGUUUGAGAAAAGCCUUUCCAAGUCCGAUCCAUGGCGCUGUCAUUUACGUUUAGCAAAAACUACCUAUUGAUAGUCCAUUCACGCCCAUGAUUUAGCCUCUAAUACUGGUAUUUCGUGGUUGAACGGCUG